UUUGUAGUCACACAGAGAGGGCUCUUAAAGAGUUGCUGCACUUUUCAGCAUGUAACGAGAACUUGAUUUGGGGACGACAUCGUCUUCGGAGCCUAUGCGGAGCGGAGCCGGAGAGGUUUCUUCCCAGGAAAGGACGAACCCGGCGGACCGAGCACACUGAGGAAGAGACGGCUGGGAAAAUGUGUUGCUAUUUCAUCUUAGUGCCGUCAACAGCCCUGGGCAACAAAUAUGGCUACUUGUGUCUCCUUCAGUUCGGGUUGAGAACCGUCCCAACUUGGCUGGACAACACAGUGUGUGGGACUCUCGACAACACUCCGAAGUGAAGCCGACUCUCGGACAAAGAAGUUGAAUUUGUUUCGGCGCUGGGACGGCUUGUAGUGUCGAGGCAGAGGCGAGCAGGCGGGGGAGAGAUGGAGUCCAAGCAUAAAGAGUUGUUGGAGAAAUGUUACCAGAACUUACUGGAGUCAAUAACAGAUGCAGACAGAGUUGUGGAUGUUUUAGCUCACUCUGGCACACUCAGCCAGUCUGAACGCUACGAACUGAGCCACAACUGCGCCUCCAACUCGGAAAAAGUAGACCUUCUCCUGAAGAUGCUGCUAAGUAAGGACAGAGACCAUUUCUCCGAGCUUUGCACGGCCCUGGAGAAGACGCACCCUCACCUCAACUCUGCCCUUUUGAACGGCAUCGGACCCGUGGAUCAUACAACUGGGUCCACUUACAGUGUUCUGUCCACUAUGCCGUCGGACUCUGAAAGCAGCAGUUCCCUCAGCAGCUUAGGUACGCCUGCUCAAGCUUCGUCCCCUCCACCUGCCCACAAGGAAAGUCGCCAGAUGAGUGAAAAGAUGGAGACAGUCCUGUUCCAGCUCAGGCAUGUGACCCGGGAGAGGGACGAAUUGCGCAAACGGCUGGCCCUCUCCUCACCCGGAACAACCUUCGAUGACUGCAGACCAAACUCCAAAGCAGGUCAUGACUACGAGCGUCUGAAGCUGCAGUGCAUGAAGGCGAUGGCAGACCUACAGUCCCUGCAGAACCAGCACAGCACCACCCUGAAGAGGUGUGAGGAGGCUGUGAAGAAAGCAGACUUCUACCAUACGCUCCACAGUCGUCUGGUGAGCGAGCAGGCCCAGCUGAAAGAGGAGCUGGAGGCAGUGAGACAGGACAACAUCCAGCUGGUCAGGGAGCACAACCACGUCAAACAGGCCUGCGAGGAGCUGAGGAGGCUGCGUGACGAUGACCAGAGAGAGGUGGCUGACAUGAGGAUGUUGCACCAGCAGGUGAUGAGAGAGGGGUCAUCUGAUGUUCUCAACAAGCUGUAUGACACGGCUGUGGACAAGCUGGAGGCCAUGAAGAGGGACUACGAAGCCCUGAGGAAGCGCUACAAUGAAAACACGGCCAGUCACAACACCGACCUCAGUCGUCUGGAGCAGGCCGAGGAGGAGAACCACCGGCUGCAGAAACAGGUGGACAUGCUGCUAAAGCAGAGGGAUGCUGCCAUCCAUUUCCAGCAGCAGUACUCCUCCUCCAUGAGGCGGUUUGACACCACCCAGCAGGAACUGUCCAAGGCUACGGCCCAGAACAAGGAGCUGCAACGCGAGAUGGAGCGGCUUCAGUCGGAGGCCACGCGACUCAAGACCCAGCAGCUGAAGGCAGUGAAGGACUGUGAGAAAUACAAAGAGGAGCGGGACUCAGUGUUCAGUGAGUACCGUCUGAUCAUGAGCGAACGGGACCAGGUGAUCAGAGAGGUGGACAAGCUUCAGACCGGGCUGGAGAUGGCAGAAGCAAAGCUGAAGAACACAUCCUCAGAGAGACGGGUUGCCAGCGAGGAGCUGGAGGCUCUCCGACAGGAACUGGGCUCAGCGCUGGUGGACAGGGACCGGGCCAUCUGUGAAAAGAAUGAGCUGCUGGAGAAGUACUGCCAUGAAGUGAAGGACAAGGCCGAGACCCAGAAGGAGCUGAGCCAAGCCUGCAAGGACAUUGAGACAGUCCGUGAGGAGAGGGAUGUGGCCCGCAAGGAGAGGACAGAGGCCAUCAUCCAGAGGGACCAGCUGCUGCGAGAGUACUACCAGGCCCGACAGAAACAAGACUCUGCUACUCUUGACAUUGAGCGGGCCAACAAGGAGAUUGAAAUGCUGAGGAAACAGUACGAGGCCAUCUCACAGGAGCUGAAGGAGGCCUCACAGGAGGCUGAGGUAGCGAAAUGCCGACGGGAUUGGGCCUUUCAGGAGCGAGACAAGAUCGUGGCAGAGAGGGAGAGCAUACGCACGCUGUGUGACAACCUGCGGCGAGAGAGGGACAGAGCUGUGAGUGAUCUGGCAGAUGCUCUAAGGAAUCUGGAUGACAUGAGGAAGCAAAAGAACGACGCUGUGCGGGAGCUCAAAGAGCUGAAAGAAAAGAUGGAGGACCAGUUGGAGAAGGAGGCGCGGUUUCAUCAGCUGAUGGCCCACAAUUCACAUGAUUCAGCCAUCGACACCGACUCAAUGGAAUGGGAGACGGAAGUUGUUGAAUUUGAGAAGGACAGAGAGGACAUGGAUUUGAAAGCUCUUGGGUUUGAUGUUGCUGAAGGGGUAAAUGAUCCAUAUUUGCCAGGAGACUGCGGCAUAUUUGUCAGUAAGGUGGAUAAAGGAAGUGUUGCUGAAGGAAGAUUAAGGGUGAACGAUUGGUUGUUGAAAAUUAAUGAUGUGGAUCUGACAAACAAGGACAGGAAGCAGGUGAUCAAAGCAGUGCUGAGUGGCGAGGGAGUGAUCAAUAUGGUGGUGCGCAGGAGGAAGUCACUUGGUGGGCGGGUCAUCACUCCUAUUCAGUUAAACCUUGUUGGACAUACAGACAGCGGCAUAAGCCUGGAAAGUGGAGUGUUUGUCGCAGCUUUGUCUCCAGGCAGUCCAGCUGCCAGAGACGGCUGCCUUACUGUUGGGGACAGACUGUUAGCUAUAAAUGGAAUUGCACUCGAAAACAAGUCCCUCUCUGAAUGUGAGGCUCUGCUGAGGAACUGUCGCGAUUCUCUCAGCAUCUCCCUCGUUAAGUUCCUCCCACAGAGCUGCUCUGGGCAGAGUUUAUUUGAAAGUUUGAGAGACUCAGAGAAGAACUGCAACUACCGGCCCCACUCCUGUGAGCUCCAUGCUAGAAACUGCAGGAACUCCAAGCACAACUGCUCCACCCAAACAGACAUUUACAGCUCUGACUUGGGCAGCGGAGGGGAGGAUGGGCGUAAGGACACAGGUGACCCUUCAGACAGCAGCAGUGCCCAGUGCCACCACAAACCAUUUUCUAGUAGCUCCCUGCACUCUCGCUCCCUUUCCCACCGGGGAAGCUCCUCCACACCACACAGCCCCUCAGAGCCCCAUCAAGAGUUCUGCUAUAGGAGGCAGGAGCCCCUCCAUCGUCCCCUCACCUUCACCCCUGUGCUCGCUGACUGCAGUCCCAAGCCAACCCCCCUGGACAGAGGGGAGGGCCUACCAGAGAAGCCCAGUGGGGGCACGUGGCCUAAAGUCAUGGUGGGAGUCUCCAUUCCAGAGUGCGCGCAGCUCUCUAUCUACAAAAAGCCCAAACAGAGGAAGUCGAUCUUCGACGUGGAUACUUUCAGAAGACCUGAGGCACCUCCGAAACUCGACUACCUGUCUCUGUCCCAGCUGCCCAAGCACUCCCCACAGAGCUCCAAAUCUGAGGCCGCUCAGGCCCCUCCCACGCCGCCAGCCAGGAGUGACUCAUUCAGGUUUAAACAUCGCCAGCAGAACAGCUCGGCGUCUGACUCCACCAUCACUACAGGCACUCCCCCGGCCUCCCCGGCCCAGGCCUUAGGACCACAGGAGGGGGUAGAGGCUGGAAAACAGCACUACUUCUCUGAUGUUUCUCCAGUGGAGGCCAACACCAGCUCUAGGAGGUCUGUUGAGGAGGAGGGGAGCAGACAGAGAACAGAGGAGCAGGACAGGAAGAGGUACCGGCCAAAAUCAGCACCGGCACUGCGGCGAAAUGUGACCCCUUUACACAUUCCUAUUCCUGUGCAGGUGCAGAGCUUUUCUAACGAUGAGCAGUCCCCAGAGCCGGUGGAUUUGGUUCGCUUCUCUCCGAUACGUUCCCAUCGCUACAGCAUGCCUUUUGCACCCCCAGGCUACAGCAGCAUCACUGCACACCCAGCACACCGAGGCCUCGCUCCCUGUCCCGCUGUGACUGCUGUGAUGAGGAACCCAGUCUACACUGCCUGGAGCCAUGAGAUCAAGACCGACAACUGUCCUUCAGCACCAAGCCCAGGCACCCACCCACAUUCACACACCAGCCCCCAGCAUCAAGGUCGGCUCAGUCUGGACCUCAGCCACAAGCGCGCAGGAGACUUCACUGAGGCGACCUACAGCCAACCACCACAUGGCACAAACUCCCUGCCCUCCAGUGCCAGGCUUGGCUCAUCAAGUACACUACAGUUUAGGGCAGAGCGCAUUAAGAUUCCCCCGACUCGAUAUCCCCGUUCUGCUGGCUCUGACAGAGGCUCCCUCUCCCAUUCAGAGUGCAGCAGCCCAACGCCUCCAAUGUCUCCUGUCAACCUAGAGACAUCAUCUUUCACCAGCAGCCAAUCACAGAGCUCCAUUUCCAUCCAGCCCAGAAUAUCAGUCAGCCCUGCUCCAAUUGGUGACAGGCGGAAGGAUAGGCCAUACUUGGAAGAGCCACGCAAUGUGACUGUACAGAAAGGGGCGGAACCACUCGGCAUCUCCAUUGUGAGUGGGGAGAAUGGAGGAGUGUUUGUGUCCAAAGUGACAGCAGGCAGCAUUGCCCACCAAGCUCGUUUGGAGUAUGGUGACCAACUCCUAGAGUUCAAUGGAAUCAACCUGCGGAAUGCCAACGAGCAGCAGGCGCGUCUGGUCAUCGGGCAGCAAUGUGACACAGUCACCAUCCUGGCUCAGUAUAAUCCUCACAUGUUUCAGCCGGGCAACCACUCCCGAUCAGGUUCUCGGAUGGAGUCCGUCAGCAACCAGCCGACGCCCCAGGACAGUGGUGCCACCACCCCAGACAAUCAUUCCACCAUUGAUACACUGAGUGAGCAGGAUGAGGGCACCAUGACUCCUCCCUCCAAACAAACAACUCCUGCCACCAGCCCUCACAGCUCCUUCAGGAUGCCUGGCACAGGUUCCCACAAGGCUGCAGAGCUUCGGCUGGUGAGGCUGAAGAGGACCCAGGUGGAGCUUGGGGUUCAGAUCUGUGGAGGAAACCUUAGUGGCAUCUAUGUGGAAAGUCUGGAUGAUGACAGCCCUGCCAAGGGUCCUGAUGGUCUGCUGCCAGGAGACUUUAUAUUGGAGUACAAUGGCAUCAACAUGAAAAACAAGACCGCUGAAGAGGCUUAUUUGGAAAUGUUGAAACCGGCUGAAACUGUAACAUUCAAAGUCCAGCACUGUGUGGAAGAACUCACUGUGAUCAAAGAUUCCCCCGGGGAUGGAUUCUUCAUAAGAGCACUUUAUGAGAGGGUGGCGGAGGUCGAGCAGGAACUGAGCUUUAAGAAAGAUGACAUCUUGUAUGUUGAAGACACUCUUCCAAAUGGCAAUUUUGGCUACUGGAUGGCCUGGCAGCUUGACGAGAAGGCACAGAGGCUGGAGAAAGGGCAGAUUCCCAGUAAAUACAUGAUGGACCAGGAGUUCUACAGAAGACACAGCAUGCCUGAUAUGAAGGAUGAUAACGGCACCAGCAAGACUCUGUCUGCCGCUGCACGCAGGUCCUUUUUUCGCCGGAGACAGAAGCACAAACGGAGCGGAUCCAAGGAUGGGAAAGACCUGAUGGCUCUGGAUGCCAUAAGCACAGAUUCCAUACCCAUUACAGAGGACGGAGUGAGCUUGGUGUACCAGCGGGUCCAGAAGGUGGAGUGCUUGUCCCCCAGACCUGUGUUGAUUUUGGGUCCGUUAGUGGAGGCCAUCAAGGACAUGUUAGUGAAGGAGGCUCCUGCCAAGUUCUGUCGCUGUCUGCCUGAGGUUAUGAAGGCAUCUCAGCAGGCAAUAGAACGUGGAGUGAAGGAUUGUGUGUUCAUUGACUACAAACGGAGAAGUGGCCAUUUUGAUGUGACAACUGUUGCUUCAAUAAAGGAAAUUACAGAGAGGGACUGUCACUGUUUACUUGACAUUGCCCCUCACGCCAUCGAACGACUUCACAGCGUUCACAUCUACCCAAUCGUCAUAUUCAUUCGCUACAAAAACGCCAAGCAGAUAAAAGAGCAGAAGGACCCUCUGUACCUGCGGGAUAAAGUCUCUCAGAAACAUUCCAAGGAGCAGUUUGAGACGGCACAGAAAAUAGAGCAGGAGUACAGCCGGUUUUUCACAGGUGUUGUCCAAGGAGGCAGUCUGUCCUACAUUUGCACUCAGAUCAUGACCAUCGUGGAGCAGGAGCAGAGUAAAGUAUUGUGGAUCCCAGACGAAGCCUUGUAGAAAAGUCUCCCCUCACUCUGCAUGUAACUCUAUAGAGGCUUUUAGGUUUUACAAAACCAGACUUUUUUUGUUUUUAAUGGGAUGCACAGUGAACCGGUACGUCUAGUGGUCAUUAUGGUUAACUCCCAGUACUGUUUCUUCACAACACUCAUAGCAAUAUCAGGUUUGUAAUAGCACUGAUGUUAUUAAUGUAAUAUUCCCACUACAAUAGUGAUGUACUACAAAUAGUGAUUUGUUUACACUAGUGUUUAAUGUAAUGCUUACUUGAAUGUUCUAUUUUCCCAUAACUCUUAGCACUCCUUUAUUCCAGUAUGUCCCAAGAAUAUUUAGGACCACAGGCAGACUGCAUUAAUGUGUAUUCAGAUCACUCCAGACAUAAUUAUAGAAGUGAGGAUAGAAAGGACCACUGUGUUCCCCUCUCUAUAUUUAUACAUAUUUUUUCUGCCUUUUAAUUUAUCUAAUCAAAUCAAAAAUGUUGGUUAUGAACCUUUUUGUUAUACAAAUGUAGUUGUCUAGCAAAUAGAAAGGAUCAUAUUUUCCCAUUAAUGUUUUUAUUUAUAGAGGAAAAUCUGGGGCAAAUUUGCUUCAUUCACUUUGUGUUGCAGUUGACUCUUCUGUUUUGUCUUUAAUGUUCUGCAAUGGCACUGUAAUUUUUUUAAUGGCAUCAUUUCAGUCCUCAAACAUAAUACUGUGCCAAACUAUAUUUAUCUGUACCCAUCCUGGCAUUUAUUAACACUACCAUAUCCAUUGUAAAUCAUAUUACUGGUACGUUAGUUUCACCAUAAUGAAUCCCAUGUUGUGUGUUGUGCUGACAUUGCCAAUAUUGAUUUGAAUAUUGUCUGAUGUUCCUCUUUAGUGGAUUAUUUAAGAAGGGAUAUUUUAUUUGACUUAAGGUUGACUGUCAACUAAAAGUAUUUACAAGCACCUUUUGGACUUACAGUAGAACACGUUAUCAACAUUUCAUCUUUUUCAAUGCAGAUGCAUCACUCCAGUUCAAGUUUGCUUCUAAUGAAGUUUAAUAUUUGCAUCAAAUGUUAACAAAAAUACAGUUACUGUAAUAGAA